GCGACCUGCGUAUGUGAUGCACUUAAGGCCACCGGAAGGCCAAUUGGAUCUUCAUGAGAUACCCAGACGAACCAUAGCAAACCUACUUCGGUUUUUCUUAGAAAUGUCACUAGGAAAUCGGCGAUAUUGGUGCUACGAAUGCCAAAGACAUGUGGCAGGAGUCCCUUCUUCUGGAAUAAUCGAAUGCGGUGAAUGUUCAGGUCGUAGAGUUACGAGACUCGAAGAUGCAACUAGAUACGAUGAUGGGCUCGACUACUGGUGCUUUCCAUGUCAAGAACCCGUUAGAGUCUCAUCAUCUUCUUGUGAAAUAAAAUGCCCUCAAUGUUUCCGUCAAUUCAUGGUGGGCAUUGAAUUAUGGAGAGUGAUCAUCAUCCAAGGCUUGUCUGCAUGGAAAAUGAUAUGGCGUGCUAAUUUCAGACCUCCUGCGAAAGGAGAACUAAUAUUCGGGUUAGGAUAUCGUUCUGGCACAGGGGCGGCUGGCAUACAACCACUCAUUGAGUCAAUGGCAGAUGAUAUUUCUGAAGGCCCGGCUCCGGUAGCAGAAUUUAUAAUCGGUGCAAUACCCGCCAUAAAAAUCUUGAAAUCACAUCUGGUGGAAAGCCAAGAGUGUAACAUUUGCAAAACCGAGUUUGAGGUUGGGGAGGAAGCCAGAGAGUUGCCUUGCGAACAUAUUUAUCACUCUGAUUGCAUUGUGCCAUGGUUGAGGCUUCACAAUUCUUGCCCUGUCUGUCGAAAGAAUGUGGCUGGUCGUAGAGUUACGAGAGUUGGUGACGCAACUAGAUACGAUCACGGGCUUGAUUACUGGUGCUUUCCAUGUCAAGGACCCGUUAGAGUCUCAUCAUCUCCUUGUGAAAUAAAAUGCCCUCAAUGCUUUCGUCAAUUCAUGGCGGGCAUUGAAUUGUGGCGAGUGAUCGUCAUCCAAGGCUUGUCAUGGAAAAUGAUAUGUUGCUCUAACUUCAGACCUCCUGCGAGAGGAGAACUACUACUGGGAUUAGGAUAUCGUUCUGGACCAGGGGCGGCUGGCAUACAACAACUCAUGGAGCCAAUGGGAGAUGAUGUUCUUAAAGGCCCGCCUCCGGUAGCAGAAUUUAUAAUUGGUGAUAGAGUUGUGGAUUUCAAUGAUGCAACAAGAUACAAUCACCGGUUCAAUUACUGGUGCUUUCCAUGUGGUGGAGGGGUUAGAGUCUCGUCUCCUGGUGAAAUGAUAUGUCCACAAUGUUCCCGUCAAUUCAUGGCGUCCAUUCAUUCAUGGAGACUGUUCGUCUUCCAAGGCGUAUCAUGGCGGUUCGCAAGUGUUUCACAUUUCAGACGACCUUCGGACGGGGAACUAGUAAUGGGAAGAGGGUAUCUUUCUGGCCCGGGGGCAGCGGGCAUGCAACAACUCGUGGAGCAAAUGCUCGAUGAUAAUCCUACAGGCCCGCCACCCGCGCCAGAAUUUAUUAUCGACGCAAUACCCAAGAUACAAAUCUCGGAGUCCCAUUUGAUAAACGAUAAAGCGUGCUCGGUUUGCUUGGAAGAGUUUGAGGUUGGGGAGGAAGCAAGAGAGUUGCCUUGCAAGCAUAUUUAUCACUCCGAAUGCAUCGUGCCAUGGUUGAGGCUUCACAAUUCUUGCCCCGUCUGUCGAAACGACGUGGACGAAAACAUAGCCGAGAAUGAAACUGCAGAAACUACUCAGAGUAGCGAUCGUAACGAUGUGGCAACGAAUAACAUCCAUAAUAUCAAUGACGAUGAUGAUGAUGACGACGAGCGUGGAGAUGAGAUAAAGCGGGAUUUGCCCGAGCCCGAGCCCGAGCCCGAGCAGGGCGGACAGGACCAUGGAGAAAAUAAUGAGGGUGAGCAUGAGGAGGAGAGGAGUGUUGUUAGAAGGCGGUCGAGGUUAAGGCCGGCAACUGCAAUAUGCCCUUUUAGAAUGAGGGAUGUGGCUAUAGCAUUAUUGAAGACAUUUGGAGGAACACUAUUGAGGCAGCUGUUAAUUGCUUUAAAAGUUGUGGUCUUUUGGAGCACUCUAGGGUAUAUCAAUAUCAAGAUUGAUCCACCUCCUGACCCUUGAUCAUAUUUUAACUUCAUUUACUCCUGAUAUAUAUAUAUAUUCCCUCCGUCCCGAUCGAAUUAAUCGCCCCUGUUUCACUCUAAGAAAAAAUGUUGAAAAAUAAAGAAAAUAUUGCAUUGAAAUACAGUCUUAAUACUCCUUGUGUCUCAAAAAGAUCUUUAUAUUUGACUUUUUAAUUUACGGCUAUCAAUGCGACAUAUUGAUUAUUAAUCAUCAUAUUUGUUUAUAAAUAAAAAUUACAAAAAUCU